GCAUUACAUUGAAGCUGUUGAUAUUUCUGCAUGAGUGACAAAUUCUCAUGGGAUGAAAAGAUACCCCAAACAUAUAUGUACAUGGUGAAUAAGGUGAAAUAUAAGGGUAUAAUACAAGUAUCAACACUUAUCUGCAAGUUACAUACCUUGUCCGCUAUCUUGCAGUAAAAAAUCUUAUUUCCCUACGUUUGCCUUUUUUGUAAUUUUCUGAUCUGUAGCUUUGACAUUUGUUAUCUUUUGAACAAUUGUAGUCAACCACUAUAAUGCCCCAUGGUGGGGCAACCCAUAAACUUCAAUGUAUAAAAACUUGGCUGUAAUUCACAAUAUAAUCUCUCGUGUUUCGUAGGGCGAAAAAGAAAAAAAAAACACCCUGGAAGACCUUGCAAUGGGGGAGGUGUGAAGACAAGGAAGUUCAGAAUGAUCCAGUCCAAUAAUGUUCCUGUUUUCUUCUAAAGCUGGAUACACUGUUGCAGUAUAAUUACAUAGGAUGGGUCAACGUUCAACGAAAACGGCUGCCAAACCAGCAAAAGAAAGAGUAGAAACUCAUAGGAAGGAAAAAUCUAGUGUGAAAUCCUCCUCAGUGGCAAGGGAUGGUGUUAGUCUAUUCUCGUCAUCCAUUUCACCAACUGAACAACAUGAUACAACAUCAAGAUCUCUAAAUAAUUCAUCGAGGGAAAGGGGGAUUGUGCCUAACAACAGUUUUCAGGGGUACAAACAUCAAACAACUGGUGAGGUUACAAAGUUUGAUGAAAGUGAACAUGUAAAACAAAUAUGCCAUGAUUUGAUCAAUAGAUGGGCUACAUUUUCUUCCCAACAGGAAAAGGAAUUAUUGGAUAUACAUUUAAGAAAAGAACACUCAACAAACAGAUUGCAUGAAUCAUAUGCUCAGAAAAAGGAGAAGGAAAUACCUGAAAAGUCAUCUAUCAAACUAGAGAACUUCCAUAGUAAAUGUAAUGGUAGGUUUGAAAGGGAUACCACAAAAGCAACUUCAUUAGAUUCUACAAGGCUUAGAUUAUCACAAUCACAAAAAACCUCUGCAAGGAUUGGUGUGUCAAUAUCAGAAACACCUACCAGUGUAGGCGUGUUACAAUCCAGAGAAAAGUCUACUAGGCUUGAUGUGUCACAGUCACAAGAACAGCCUGCAAGAUUUGGUGAGUCGCAAUCACAAGAAAAAUCUUCAAUGCUUGAUGUAUCACUAUCACAGGAAAAACCUGCAAAGCUUGGUGUGUCGCCACUAGAAGAAAACCCUGCCAGUUUUGUUGUGUCUCAAUCCCAAGAAAAACGUGUAAAGUGUGGUGUAUCACUAUCACAAGAAAAACAUGUAAAGCAUGGUGUGUCAAUGUCACAAGAAGAAAAACGUGCUAGUUUUGUUUUGUCGAAAUCCGAAGAAAACCCUGCAAGACUUGGUGUGUCACUAUCACAUGAACAGCUUGGUGUGUCGUUAUUUCAAGAAAACACUGCCAUUAUACAUGUACGUAUGUCAAAACCUCAACAAAAACCUGCCAAGGUUGAUGUGUCGCUAUCACAUGAAAACUAUGCAAAGCGUGGUGUGUUACUGCCACAAGCAAAACCUGCCAGUUUUGGUGUGUCUCGAUCCCAAAGGAAACCUGCAAAGUAUGGUUUGCAAUCUCAAGAAAAACCAGCAAUGCUUGGUGAGUCACAAUCACAGAACCAGCUUGCAAGGUUAGAUGUGUUUCAAUCCCAAGACACACCAUCAAAGCAUGGUGUGUUGGUGUCAGAAAAAAAAUAUGCAAAGCAUGGUACAUCGCUAUCACAAGAGAAAUAUGCAAAGUGUGGAAUAUCACAAUCUCAUGAAAAACCUGCAAGCCUUCGUGAGUCACAAUUUCAAGAAAAACCUGCAGAGCAUGGAGGAUUAAUAGCACAGGAAGAAAAACCUGCAAAGCUUGUUAUGACAUCAUCAAAAAAGAAUCUUACAAGUUCUAGUAUAUCACUAUCAGAAGAAGGAACACCUGCCAGUUUAGGUGUAUCACUGACACAAGACAACCCUAAAAGUUUUGGGGUGGCACUAUCACAACGAAAAAACCCUGCAAGGAUUGAUGUUUCACGAUCCCAAGAAAAUUCUGCAAGUUUUGGUAUGUCAGUAUCAAAAGAAAAAUACACAGGUUUUGGUAUGUCAGUAUCACAAGAAAAACCUACAAGGUUCGAUGUGGCACGAACUCAAGAGAAACCUGUGCGGUUUGGUGUAUCACAAUUGCAAAAAGAGAAGCCUGCAAUGCUUGAUGUGUCACUAUCACAAACAAAAGAUGGUAGUGUUGGUGGCAGUCAAGACAUCACGGGAAGAAAAGCCAAACUGAUAACUAGAAGUGAACUUGGAGAUGUCCAGAAUUGUCAUGACUUGGUGAGACACAGAAAUGUGGAAAAACAACUUUGUUCUGUUACUCUAUCUGAAAGUGAAGAUGGCUGGGGAUCCAAAAACCAAGAGGAAAAAAUGUUAGCAUCAAUGAAAUCCGCUUCAGUUUCACAAAAGAAAGAUGACCUAGAUGAUUUCCUUCACUGUGAAAUUCAAUGUUUGAAGGAAACUCUCACAUUGAAGUCAAAGAAUAGAGAACUAAUGGAGGAAGUGGAGUCUAAGGGAGAAAAUGUUUUGACAAUUGAAGAUGAAACUAAUUUUCCUUCUGUUGCUACAUGCUCAAAAAACAAAGUUCCAUCUGUUUAUAAGAUCACACAAGAAGAGACUUUAAAAUGCAAAGAACUAGAUGUAAGUAACGGAAUUCACCUUUUAGAUCCAACAAAGGACAAGGCCAAAGAAAAACUGCCAUCAAAAGAUAUUUCAGGAUUGGAUAAAUACCCCACUGUGGGGAAACACGAAGUACUAAGAGUAAGAUCUGGAGUUACAAGCAGAACAGAUGGUGCUGUGAAGGAAAUUAUGGAAAAUAAUGUCAAGCAACAAGAUAAAUGCAAUACUUUGAAAUGCACCAAAUUGAAUGAGAAUGAAUGUAAAGAUGAAGUAUUUGAAAAGACAAUUUCUAAUUUGAAGAAAAAGCCAUCAACCCAUUUGGCUGCUGAAACAAAAGUAAAAGAAGCAAUGACGCGAAAUUUUUGCAAACGAAUGGAAGACAAGAAAAGGGACGGCACUAUUCCAAAGCAUACAGAUCAGACAAAGCGUGAUGAGCUUUCACAUAGUAGAAUUGUUUCAUGUCCAGGUACUAGUUGUUGGAAGUCCACAAUAACUAAAAAACAAAAGAAUGCUAGCACAAAAGUUGAAGGGGGCACAAAAAUGGGAGACAUAUUGGAUAAGGAGCGCUUUGGGGAAAACAGAACUAAAAAAAGUGAAAAUCCAUUCAUUGUGACAACUUCAGAAAAUUCAGUGCAGGUUUCAUCUUUCAAAACCUAUAGUGUAGAUGAAGACAAGGAAAUUGUGAAAUAUGUCUUUACAAUUUUAAAGCAAUUAGAAGAUGAAAAUGAGCUACUUACACUACUCAUUGGUGUUGUUGUAGAUGUUAGAUUUCGAGUUGCUUCCUUUAAAAAAGAUUCUAAAAACAAUGCCACUGUUGUAGUAAUACACUUCAAAAGCAACGCCGAUUCAAGAAGAUUUCAAAGUUGCCUGACACGUAGUAGGGAAAAACUGUAUUUCAGAUACAAAUUGCAAAAGUAUGAAAAAGACGCCCCGAAUAAAACGAGGCAAGAAAACAUUAAAAUUUUGCGGUAUAUAGAUAAAAGGACUGAAGGUGUUUCAAUGAAACAUAUAGAAAAGAUAAGGGAGAUCGAAAGUAAAUUUGCAGAAUUAAACAACGCAUCCGCAACUUCUAACAAGAAGACAAAAUAUAUUGAUAUCUCGCUUCAUAAACAGAGAGAAUCUCAGAAAAAAGCUUUAGAGUACAAAAUCUUAGAACUGAAACAACAACAGGAUGAAUUUCAAUCAUACCUGUCUGACACUAUACAAAGAAUUGAGUCAUUUAAAGGAAAACAUGUUGAGCAAAAAGAAUAUGAUUGCCUAAGGAAACGAUUUGAUAUAGAGUGUUCACGGUUGGAACAAGCAUUACCAAUAUAUGCAAGAAGAACCCAAAUUGUUGAUACAAUUCUUCAUAAUCAAGUUUGUAUUAUUCUAGGAGAAACCGGAUCUGGGAAAAGUACACAAAUAACUCAGUACAUUUUAGAGUCUGAAUUGAGUUCCCUUGGGAAAAUCAUUUGUACACAGCCACGUAAGGUAGCGGCUGUGAGUCUUGCACAAAGAGUUGCAUCAGAGAUGGAGUCAAACGCUGGAGAUCUUGUUGGAUACCAAACCGGUAUGAAGUCAAAGUUGAACAAUCACACUAAAGUGUUGUACAUGACUGACCACAUGCUUUUGAACGAGUGUUUGAAAGACCCCUUGCUGUCUGAAUUUUCCUGUGUUGUAAUUGAUGAAGCACACGAAAGGAGUAUUUAUACUGAAUUAUUGCUUGGAAUGAUUAAGAAGUGUUUGCCACAGCGACCAACCCUUCAUGUUGUAGUGACUUCUGCAACGAUAGAUCCAGAUGUCUUUGUACGCUACUUUGGAGGACCUGAACUUUGUCCGGUCGUGAAAGUCUCUGGAAGAAUGUUUCCAGUUGAAAUUGAAUGGCUAACAACGUCCUCAGGACUCGAGGUAGUUGAUGAUUAUGAAAUGAAAUGUGUUGAAAAAGCAGUAGAAAUUCACAGAAAAGAGCCGCCAGGGGAUAUUUUAGUUUUCUUAACAUCCCAAGCAGAAAUUGAGCAGUGUGCAGCAAAACUGGAAGUUUUAUUAAGAGGAGGAAAGGAUCAUUGGAUUUUGCCACUACAUGGUAAACUUCAAACGGAGGAACAGAAUUUAGUAUUCAAAGUGUCACCAAAAGGAAAACGAAAAAUCGUACUUGCAACUAAUGUGGCUGAAACAUCAAUUACGAUCCCUGGAAUAAAAUAUGUCAUUGAUACAGGGGCUGUGAAAGAAUUGUUGUAUGAUUCAAGGAAAAAAAUAAGUGCACUGCGAGUUGUGAAAGUUACCAAAAGUUCUGCUGACCAGAGAAAGGGCAGAGCAGGAAGAACAGCCCCGGGUAAAUGUUAUAGACUUUACUCCAAGGAAGAUUACGAAAUGAUGUGCCCUACCUCUAUUCCAGAAAUUUUGAAAAUACACUUGGGUCACGCAAUUCUUAAGCUUUUGCAAUUAGAAGUAGAUCCACUGGAAUUUGACUUUGUACAAGCUCCAGAGAAAGUGUCAAUGGAGAAUGCUUUCCAACACCUAAGUAAACUAGGAGCUAUUGAAGAUGGAAAAAUAUCACCAUUGGGUAAAUGGAUCGCUAAACUCCCAUUUGAACCAAAUCUAGGAGUUCUUGUUCAUGAUGCUAUAGACCAUAACGUUGGAUUGGAGGGAAUUAUUAUUGCUGCCUCUUGCACAGUGUCCAGCUCCUUGUUUUAUAGAGGAGGCACACAAAAAGAAAAAGAGAGGUCAGACAAGCUGAAGGUUCCAUUUUGUCAUAAACAUGGUGAUUACUUUACAAAUCUAAAUGUUUAUAAAGAAUGGCACAAAGUUGAUGAAAAGCAAAAAGGAAGAUGGAGCAGAGAUAAUUCAAUUAAUGGAAAAUCUAUGCGAAGCAUUCGUGAUGCUGCAAAAGAAAUUUUGUAUGUUCUGAAGAGAGAUCUUUCCAUCAACAUAAAAUUUGAAUUUUCAGAUGCAGAAGACGUGGAAAGGAGUUUGCAGAAGCUGCUGUUCAAAUCUUUUCAAAGCAAUCUCUGUCUUUUUCUGGGACAUGAAAAAGCUGGCUAUUUUUUCAUAGAUAAAAAUCAACAGGUCAUUAUGCAUCCUUCAUCAGCAUUUCAGUCGCUAGCUUCUUGCCCAAACUGGGUUAUUGUUGAAAGAGUGAUGCAAACCUCUCGUGAUUUUGGUGUAAAUAUAACAGCUGUAGCAGAUGAAGACGUCGAGGAAGCAUUGAAUGAAGGAUCUUUAGAUUUUGAUAUUGAUGAUGUAAAACGAAGGAUGGUUACACCAGUGUUAACGGAAUAUGUUGGUUUUCAAGUUCACAGAGAGUUUGUUGGUCCCCGUUACUGUAAAGUGAAAGCCAUGCAAGAAAAUCUUACAAUGAUGUGCAAAGACUCUGUGUUUGUAAUCGAUGCAGAUCGCGAGAGAGGAGAAAUUUCAAUAUAUGCACCAAUCGAUGACAGAGAAAUAUCCUCGCACACCCUGAAAACAGCAAUAGACCCUAUCCGAGAGAAAGUAAGAACUGAAACUGCCGAACAUCCUCUUCUCCCGGAGUUUACGAGUGUAAGGAUAUCAAUAGGACCAGGGGGACAAGUUCAAGAUAUUUUGGAUCAGGACGAAUACAAAAAUGUGUUUGUAUUCGGGGAUUCAAAUGCAUUUCAUUCCAAUGAUGAAAUGGUGGAAUGGUUCAAACGGUUUGGAUCAAUUCAAUCAUUCAUACGAAAGUCGCCAAAAAACACUAAUUCAAGUUAUCUUGGACAGAUCAUAUUUGAUGAGUCGAAAUUCGCAAAAGCUGCAGUAACUACUACAAAAAACGGAAAUUUUAAAAUUUCUGCGAGACCACCAAAAGGGAUCGGGAAAAGUGCAGAAGGUGAUUUACUCAGAGCAAGACUUACGUGGUGUAGAAGAAAGUCUCGUGGGUUUGGAUUUGUUGAAAUUCGUGAAAAAGAUAAAAUGGACAAAAUAAUUUUGUCAAGUCUACUUAAGUCUGUUACAGUUGGAGGAAAACGAGCGUGGAUAAAACGGGGCAAUAAAGACAAACAUCCAAAUGCAGAAACAAAACAGUUGUUUGUUUCGGGAAUCGGUGAACUCGCCAAUGAAGAUGUUUUGCGUGAAAGUAUUUUAAACAAUUUUAACAUUUCUGAAAAUGACAUCGGAAAAGUGACUAUUAUACGUGAAAAGGUAAAUACAACUCCUCAAAUGUUGCAUAGUUUGAAAAUACGACUUGAAAGCGAGUUCAAAAAGUAUGUUCAUCCAAAUAAGUUUAAGGUUUCUAUCUUGGAGCCCAAAAUGUCUGACUUCACUUAUCAGGCUUUUGUCACGUUUAAAGACCCGGAGGAAGGAUUUGAGGCAUGUUCUAGGUUACGCAACAGAAUGUCAAUUGGAGAACACGUCGUUUGUGUUACUCCAGAAAUACACACGAGACUCUUCGUGUUAGCGCCUGUGUACAAACGAGUAGAAAGGAAUAUUGAAACAUAUUGUGAGAAAAUACAGAAUGAAGAUAGUGGUAGACGAAUGCAUGUGAAACUGAUCAAUGACAAAUGUGUGAUAGACAUUGACGCAGACAGUAUUCAAAGCAUGGUGCACACUAGAAACAAAGUACAAAAAAUGCUUCAAGGUGAAACAGUCGACCUGGAGAAGAUUCCAACACUUCGAUAUCUGUUUACUCAAGACGGUCAAACAAAAGUCGAAAAAAUUAUGAAGAAGACCAAUACAUUAAUUUUGUUAGAUUAUAGAAAUACAUCUAUGUCUGUGCAUGGUGAAAAGGACGAUCGUGAAAUCGCAUUAAGGAAAGUUAGAAAGUAUGCCGAGAAAUUAUCGUCGUCACGAAUUCGAGUAUUUGAUUUAAAAGGAGAAUCCAAACCACCUGGAUUGAUGAAGACUGUUAUUGUGGCUCAUGGGGUGGACCUUGGAGGCCUGAAAGCUUCGUCAAACUUAUCAACAGUGGAACUUGAUCACAGGUAUCACAGAAUAAAAAUGAUGGGAUCAGAUGAUGCAGUUGACAAAGCUGUUAAGAGCAUCGAAGAAAUUAUGGACCAUAUGCAAAUAAAUGUCGGAAUUGCAGCUUCGAAUCAACCAGAAUGUGGAAUAUGUUUUUGUGAAAUCGAAGAAAGCGAUAUUUACAGAUUGGAAUCAUGUGGUCAUCCCUACUGUAGGGAAUGUGUGAAAUUGAACAUAGAAGCUGUCAUUCGGAACAAGGAGUUUCCACUCAAAUGUUUUCAUGAUAAAUGUGAUAUGCUUUGGGCGUGGAAAGAUUUUGUGAAUAUGACAAAAUCUGGAUUCUGUAGCCUGCAAAACAUACUGAAUUCAUCUCUGUCCAGUUUUGUAAUGGGAAACAAAGAUAAGGUUCGAUAUUGUAUAACGCCAGACUGUCCUAUGGUGUACAAAGUCAGCGACGUCGGCGGAAGAAUAGUUUGCGAUGUUUGUAGAACGAGUAUGUGCAGUAAGUGUCACGUCGAGUAUCACAGUGGAAUAUCGUGUGUGAUGUACCAGAUAGAAAACCAAAACGAUGAAUCUGUAGUUCAAAAAUGGAUGCGUCGAGACCCAAAGAACAGGAGGUUCUGUCCAAAUUGUUUCGCAGGAAUUGAGAAAAAUGGUGGUUGUCCGCGUAUGGAAUGUCGAAAUUGUAAGAGCAACAUUUGCUGGACAUGCAUGAAGUUUUUCAGCACUAGCCGUGAGUGUUACGGUCACAUGGACAAAGUACAUAGGACUUUUGGUUGAAGUUGUAUGGAAACUCGGUAAUGAUGUAGAAAAGUACGUGUCCGCCUCCUGAAGAAUUUGGAAAUGCUGUUUUCAUUGUGUGAAAUUAUUUUAUUGGUCACGUUCAUCAUCUACUGCUAAUAAUUUGCAUGUAGUUUAUCUGAUAUAGUAGUACACGGCAUUACAUAGAAAAGCUCAUAAGUAAAGAGAAGAAAAAUUGCUACCUUAGAAUGUAAUUCAGAAGAAUUUGGUCAAAUGGUAUACUUUUUGUUCUGAUUCGCGUUUUCAACGUCAUUUGAUUCACGAUUGGCUUGAAAUGAAAGCCUUGUUAAACAAGAGGUACUAUUCAACAUUUUGCCUGUGCAUGAUAACGAAAUUGAUCUUGCAUCGAAAUUCGGUGAAUGCUUGGAAAAAUAAAAACAUUUAGAGAUUGUUUAUGUUCUUCGGGCACGUCCCCUUAUAUGGAAGAGGUUCUUGGGGUGACAUCAAAUUUGAUGAUAUUUUUGGCAGUGUUUGAGCCAGUGUCACUUAGGUCUGUGAUAUUAUAAAUGGUGCGUCAGCAAAAUCCUUCGAAUUAGAUCCAAUACCCUCAAACGUUCUGAAACAAUGUUUGGAGUGUGUUUUGCCAAUCAUCACUGAAAUCAUCAACAAAUUUCUUGGAUUUCGAAAAAGCUAUAGUACAACCACCACUCCAGCGCCAAGGACUUGAUAAAGAUGAAUUAAGAAAUUACAGACCUGUAUCAAACGUACCUUUCCUUUCUAAAAUAUUGGAAAAAGCAGCAGCAGCUUGACUUGAAAAGCAUCUAAACGCUUACCAUAUCCAUGACCAGGUGCAAUCUGCCUACCGCAAUUGUCACUCCACAGAAACGGCUUUCGUACGGGUUUACCAUGAUAUUACUUCUCCAUUGAACAGAAAUUCAUGUGUUGCACUCGUGAUGUUUGAUCUUUCAGUUGCAUUCAACGUCAUAUACCAUAGUAUUCUGAUCCGGCGUAUGGAGUUUCGGCAUCACAGGAUCGGCUCUAUCAUAGAUAAAGCCAUCUCUCUGGUCGAAGUCAACAAAUUGCUACUGGAUUUACAUUGUCCUAUUCCACUUUGGUGUUCCGCAGGACUCGGUAUUAAUACCUCAACUAUAUUGUAUGCUUUCCAAAUUAAUCGUAGAAAUUUGCCGGUGGCAUAACAUGAAAGGUGAAACAGUGAUCAAUCUCAUAACUCCUAUAAGCAAUAUAAAAUAGAGAGUUGGGCAAACAGGGACCCCUGGAUAUACCAGAGGAGGGAUCAGGUGUCUAGGAGGAGUAAGCAUCCCCUCUCGACCGGUCAGAACCACCAUCUGAUAUCAUGGCUACGCGGAUGACACUCGGGUUCGGAUAUACCUGGUUGUAAAUCCAAAUGACAGCAUUACAGACAGAAUUGAACGGCGUCUUUCUGACGUUAAUAACUGGAUGAAAAAAACCAUUCUCAAGCUAAAUCAAGAAAAGACAGAACUUGUCAUCUUUACUCCCAAAACGUAAAGCUAGUGAAUUCUGAGGAUAUCAACUGGCUUUCGGUGGAUCUGUAGUCACAAGCGCUUCAUGUGUCAAAAAUCUUGGGGGGGGGUGACAGCAAACUUAGUAUGAAAUGUCAAAUAAAUGCACUGCCUAAAUCAUAUUACAUGUAUUUCCGACUUCGUAAUGUCGGUAGAAUUAGAUCUUUUAUAACGGAAGAUGCGUGCAGGACACAUGAUAGAUAACUGAUUACACCCUUCUUUAUGGGGUUGAUUCAGCAUCUUUGUAAAAGUUACUGAAAGUUCAAAACAUUGCUGCUAGGCUAGUGACACGUUCACGGAAACAUGAGCAUAUUACACCAAUUCUCAUAUUGCUUCACUGGUUACCUAUGACAUAUCAAACCAAAUAUAAAACCCUGUUGUAUACUUUCAAGGCUCUACGUGGAUUAGCUCCAGCAUGCAUCCAGGAACUAGUUCAAAUAUACCACACUCAGCGAACACGUAGGUCUGUGGAUUCCUUAUCCCUUCUAAAGUCACGUGUUCAUACUAAACUGUACAGAGAAAGACGGUUCGAUGUGUCCCCAUCAACCCCGAGAAACUGCCUCCCGCUGAAUCUUUGAUUCGAAGAUUCAUUAACUGCUUUUAAAAAUAAACUUAAAACAUAUCUUUUUAAAUUUGAAUUUAAUUUGUAAUUUGGUAUUUAAGCAUACAGUUAUUUUAAAGAGAAAAAAAGAAGAAAAAACAUUAUUUAGUUUUACCUAUUCUUAGCUACUUCAGUUUAAUAUUAUCUUAUGUCUUUUUCUUUAUGCAUGUAUUUUUCUUUUGUUUCAGUUUGCUUUACAUGUAAAGAGCUUUAGGGUAAUUAUGUUAAUUAGAUAAAGCGCUCUAUAGAUAUACAUGUACAAUAAUAAAUAAAUAAAAUAAUAACAAAUCAAUAUAGUUUGAAUAAAAGGAUUAUGCGAUCAAAUAUUUUUGUUACAUUUCAUCCCAGUAAUCUUUGAGAUUUCAAUGGCUAUUUUUUAUUCAUUUGUUCAUUUUUGGUUUUGUUCCAUUUCACUGCAAUACUGUAACUUAAUCGCAAUUUAUAUACACCAUGCGGCACGCAAUUAAUGUAUUCUGUAUUUUCUCUGUAUCGUUACGUUGCUAUGUGUUGAAACUCAAUUUUAUGAUAUCCUUAAAAAACUGUUGGUAGCAAAAAUCCUUUUUUUUUUGUGUGUAACUGGGGUAUUGCCUCAAUAGUUCUUAUCAAAAUGUGUCUGCAGUCUGUCGUAAGUAUUUUAUUUGUAUACAUGACGGGUACAGCCAAUCAAAUCAUUAUGCUAAUGUCCUCAUGCAGUGUACAAUUUUAUUUUGAAUUUGAAAUGUGUAAAAUUUGUUAAACUAUUACCAGGGCCAGGAUGAAACCACAUUCAGAUAGGAAAAAUUGUAUUGUUAUAUUUUAUAUGCUUGUCUUUGGAAAGCGGAAAAGAGCUAAUAAUGUUGUAAUGUUAGUAACUUCAAGAUGAUUAUAAUGCUUGUAUCAUUUGUUUUUUUAACAUUCCAAUUGCAUGUAAUACAAUUGACCAAAAACUAUAUACUAGUUUGGCUGAUAUAUAUAUAAAUUACUUUGGCGUACAAAACAGUGUGUGAAUUGUUUAUCUUUUGAUUUCUUGAUUUUGUCACCUUUGAGGUACAUGUAUGUACACUGUUAUGAAUAAAACAUUAUAUUUUU